AUGAACAAGAAACAAAUAUCCUUCGGCAAAAUAAGUCUCAAUCUUAAUAAAAAUGAGCAAAAUGAAGACGUGUCUACGUCGGGUUUCGGUAAAUUCGGGCGGACACCCAUCCAAGAGCAAAAGGAAAUAGAAGAAAUCGCAGAUGACUUGGAGAAUCAGCACGUAGAACAAGUUAUGGGCAUCAAGAACUUCGGUAAAAAGGCCAAAAACUUUAAUCUUGAGGAGAUGAUGGAGCAAGCGAGGAAGACCGCUCAAGAAAUAAAGAAACAUAAAUCAGAAACUAAUAUUAAAGAUUCAAGUGCAGAUAGUUCAAUGAAUAAAGACAACGACAAUAUCGGCCCUCCUGUUCCACCGGAUUUAGAGCAAGAAGACGAACUGAUUGGCCCACCAAUACCUAAAGAAAUCUUAGAGGGAAAUACCGAUAAUAGCAAUGAAUCCAAAAAAGUUAAAUCAAAUAUCAAUGAAUCAACUGGGAGUAAAUCAGACAGCGAUGAGGACAGCUACAAUGAACUAAGUGGGUCUGAUGAUGAUGAUGAUGAAUUAAGCUUGGAAAAGAGCAUACCUAGUAGUCAUGAGGUGGAAAUGCUUCAUGGAACAAAAGCUGUCAUUGCUUUAGCUGUUGACCCAUCUGGAGCGCGUUUAGCGACGGGCUCUAUAGACUAUGAUGUAUCGUUCUGGGACUUUGCCGGUAUGGACUCCUCGAUGCGCUCCUUCCGCACACUCCAGCCUUGCGAGAACCACCCGAUCAAGGCGCUGCAGUACUCAGCGACAGGUGACUCGAUUCUGGUCGUGAGCGGCUCAGCCCAAGCCAAAGUGCUGGACAGGGAUGGUUUUGAGGUGCUUGAGUGUGUUAAAGGUGACCAGUACAUCACUGAUAUGGCCAAGACGAAGGGGCACACCGCGUCGCUGAACAGCGGCUGCUGGCACCCGCACGUCCGUGAGGAGUUCAUGACCAGCUCCCGCGACGGGACCCUCCGUCUAUGGCUGACGGGGAACCCGAAGCAGCACAAGUCCGUGAUCAAGCCGCGUCAGCAGGGCGGCCUGAAGACCAACCCCACUGCCUGCACCUUCUCCAGGGAUGGCAACGUGGUCGCGUGCGGCUGCUACGACGGCUCCAUCCAGAUGUGGGACCACAGGAGGAGCUUCGUCAACACGACAGCCCUGCUGCGGAACGCCCACGAGAAGCAGUCGGAGAUAUGCAGCAUCUCGUACUCCUACCUCGGCGGCAUGUUGGCGAGCAGGGGGAACGAUGACACCCUCAAGCUGUGGGACCUGAGGAGCUUCAAACAGCCAUUGCACGUGUUCGGCGACCUAUUCUCGAGGUACGAGCAAACCGACUGCGGCUUCAGCCCUAACGACGAGCUCGUCUUCACCGGCGAGUCCCUCCAGAGGGGCCAGGAGGUCGGCCGGCUGCUGUUCUACAACGCGAAGACCCACCAGCUCGUCACCAGCAUAGAUGUUGGCAAGUCGCACGUGAUCAAGGCGGUGUGGCACGCGAAACUCAACCAGCUGUUCGUCGGCUGCGGGAACGGCGUCAUAAAGUGCUACUACGACCACAGGCGAGGAGCC